AUGCCAUCGACAACCACAACCAUCCACACCAGUCGCCGACGCGUUUUCAACUCCGUCCUCCCCUCCGCGUCCCUAGAAGAUUUCCCAUCCGCGGGCCUCGCAAUCGGACCUACAACCUCUACUCUCUUUCCGAAUUUCUCCUCCAGCACGAAAACCCGCGAUAGCAGCUCCCAGUUUCGAUCGUCAAUAACAUCAGAUAAAACCGAUAUCGACGAACCAUGGAUGGACCAAGCGACAUUGGACCGCGCCUGGCAGGUUGCGACAAAGUUCCUUGCCAUCCCGGAUUGCGGGUUCGAUAUAAUCUACCGAUAUGAGGAUAUAGGAGAGGCGAAGUUUCUGCGCUUGACGAAUCGCGAUAAGAAACCUACACGGGAGGUUAUGGACGCCCUCGAGUACUUGAUGAAGCCUUUUACAAUGGGAUUGGAUGUGACGGAGGAUAUGGCGCAAAGGAAUAUUCUGGAUUGGUAUGCGUAUGAGAUGCGGAGGCACUUUUUGAAGAAUUUCAGGGGUGGACUGUACAAGCUUCUGAAUUAUCCCCAGAAAGAAAGGUUGCUACAUAAGAUCGUGGACUGCUUGCAGCUGGCAAGGAGGAUAUACUUUUCGCACUUGAUGGAAUACUUGCUGCCGCUUCUCGAUACUUCCGAUCAAGAGCCUAUGUUCGUCAAGCUCCGGACGUCGUUCCACAUGAUGGUCGCUUAUGCGUUGCCGUGGUCGUUGAGGUCUACCUUGCUGACUCAUGUUAUUACUACGGAGGCCUUGGUUAUCCUGGGGAUCGAUACUUUGGGUGAGGAGAGAGAUGAUGAGUCAGGGAGCGUUGAUGACAUGGAAGUCGAUCGGCAAUUCUCGGUCUCGUAUCAGGACUGGCGAAAUGAGCCCUCUGUCGAGGCCAGGAUGAGCCUGAUGGCGGGAGAGGAUGCGCGUGUUAGUGCGUCUCGAGAGGUCCUUCUGGUGCUCUUCGAUGGGCUACAGAUGGUUGGCAUGGGUGGCGACAAGGCGCAGAAGGUCUUUGCUAGCGUCAUGGAUACCAUGCUGAGCGAGUUCAUUCGAGCGGCAUACACCGGGCAGUGGGAAGGGCCUUCACUGGUCGUCCAGCAUUUACGGCACUGGAUUGAGAACGUUUUCGCGCGGCUGGUCGUGCAAGUCCUAGCAAUAAUCAACACUCCCGAGUCUGGGAUCAGGGAACCGGAUAGUCUCGAUGUGAAUCUGAGUGAUGUGGAGAAGUGGCAGGAAAUUGGUAUUUCUCGCCUUGGGGCUCUCCGUGCAGGCGAACUCUUUGAUAUCAUUGUUGAGUGGCCUGCGAGCAGUGGAGCUAUCGAAGAUUUACGGCACUUUACUACGUAUCCGGCAGCACGAUCCCAUCUAACGCACUCUUUCAUUGCCGUUCUCAACCAGCGAUUGCUGCACCCAGGUGCAUCUACUGUCGAGAUUCUGCAGGUGUAUAUCUCCAUUAUACGGGCAUUCAACCUGCUAGAUCCCAAAGGAGUGCUUCUGGACCGGAUUGCUAGGCCCAUUCGCAGAUACCUUCGCGACCGCGAUGACACCGUCAAGGUCAUCGUUGGCGGGCUCUUGUCUGACCCGGCCGAUGCUGAUGGACAAACUGCUUCUCACACGGACACACUAGUGGAAUUGUCAGCCGAACUGACCAAAGCACACCAGAACUCGCUGCGAGCUGAUAGCGGAGAACUCGACUGGGAUGAUAUGAACUGGGUUCCCGACCCGGUCGACGCGGCACCAGACUAUCGGAAGUCGAAGACGUCCGACGUAAUUGGAAGCCUUAUCAGUCUCUUCGAGUCCAAGGAGAUGUUCGUCAAGGAGAUGCAGAACAUGCUGGGCGAGCGGCUACUACAGAAGCGCGCCGACUUUGACCAGGAGAUGUCCGUUCUGGAGCUUCUCAAGGUACGCUUUGGUGAUAAUGCUUUGCAGGCCUGCGAAGUCAUGCUGCGGGAUAUCUUCGACUCCCGCCGUGUUGACGCCGUUAUACGCAAUGACCAAGGAUUGAGCGGAAAGCGCAAGGCUCAACUGCCAGUUACUCCUGACGGCAGACGAGCAACUGAGGAUGACGAAGACAUGCCAGAGCUUCACGCCAAGAUCCUCUCGCACUUCUUCUGGCCUGAGAUUCAAGGGUUGGAGUUUAAUGUUCCAGAGGAGAUUUCCUCGCUCCAGCAGCGGUACGCGCAAGGGUUCGGAUCGCUCAAGCAGUCGCGCAAGCUCACCUGGUUGAAUGGACUCGGACAGGUCACUGUGGAGCUGGAUCUCGAGGACCGCGUGUUCAUGGACGAGGUUACUACCUGGCAAGCCACAGUGAUCUACGCCUUCAAUUCUCCGUCGGAUGAGGCCGUGACCAAGACAACGGAUGGACUCGCCAGCGAACUCGGUAUGUCGACUGCACUCGCGCGCAGCGCAUGUCUCUUCUGGGUAAGCAAGCGUAUUCUCGUGGAAACACAGCGGGAUACAUUCCGAGUCCUGGAGGUCCUUCCGAGCGAAGAGGGCGAUGCAUCAGGCGGAGAGCCUGGGCUACCUGGUGCAGGCGAUGCGGAGGACCAGUCAGCAGAAUCAGCACAAGCAGCAGCCGAGGCAGAUGCAGCGGCGGCAGCGGCAGCGAAGGAAACGGCCGAAGCGGCGGCAAUGGAGAAGAUGAAUCUGUAUUGGCAGUUUAUUGUGGGCAUGUUGACCAACCAGGGCGCAAUGCCACUGCAACGGAUUGUGAUGAUGCUGAAAAUAGCCGUUCCGGGAGGAUUCCCAUACAGCAACGAGGAGCUACGAGAGUUCCUAGCCGGGAUGGUGUCGAAAGGAAAGCUGGAGAUCAUCAGCGGAGGCAGCUACAAGAUUGUGCAGUGA